AUGUCAUUUCUCGUCAAUCGCUAUUUCGCUCUUCUCGGCAAUAUCUAUGCCUUAUGUAUCGAUUUCAUGCCCAUUUCAGAUGAGGUUCGACCAUUUUGUCAUACACAUACCCAAAUAGCAGGCUCACAACUGAUUUCCGCAGAGCUGUCCAAAAUUCUUGCUAUUCAGAGAGCUGUUCGUGUUUUUUCAACAAUUUAUCGUUUGCGCAAACGCCUGCUUGCUUGGAUUACAAUUAUCUUCCUUGUUCUUGCGGGAGGAUCUUUUGCGGUAUGUUUUGGACACCACACAAGUGAUGAGACGAUCUCGCUAGGAGUUGGCUGCUACGAUACAUAUACAGCAGAGGCAGCUGCCCGUUUUGGCGUGGCGUGGCUAGCUUUAUUUGCCUUCGAAUCAUUGAUCUUUGUCCUCACAGUUCACAGGACUUCUAAAACUAGAGGUUUGCUGCGAUUACGUCUGGCCACUGCUGGCAAGAGAAAUGUUCUUGAUAUCAUGUUUCAUGAUGGUGCGUUGUAUUUCGGAGCCAUGACGCUGUGUAAUAUACCGAACAUUCUGAUGUACUACUCUGGAUCCGGUGUUAUCAGAGGCAGUCUGGGUCUGACCACUUUUACUAGCUGCAUCUCUGUUACUCUCAUUUCUCGGCUGAUGCUGAAUCUACACAAAUCUAUCGAUUCUGGUAUUUUAUCCACCCCUGCCCGGGGCGACGAUUGUCACAAUCUCUCGGUUUUUACCACCAGGAUCAACGUACAGUCUGCGUGAUUGCAUAGAUCUCGCCGCUGAUCGAUUGUCAUCGAAUUCCGUUUCUGUAUGCCGAGAUGCGGAAAUUCCUAUUGGGAGUGGAAAGCUGUUCUUAGUACUACCGUAUUUAAAAAUCUCAUUGAUCGUCCCGUGCCCUGGGACUUAUGUAGACAAUAAGUACAUUACGCUAAUUACCGGCUAAUACCAUAGAUUCC